CAUUUCAUAGAGCCCAGCCGAUAACUUGGUUCUCUACUUCUCUGUCCACCCCACCCCAACCACGCCGCCGCCGAGGGAGGAGGAGGAAACCCUAAACCAAGGAAGAGGAAAGCGGAGAGGCAAAGGUAGGAGGCGAGAGGGGAUGGCUUCCACGAUGCGGCGCGCGUCCGUCCUCCGCCGGGCACUCUUGUCCGCACCGCCUUCUUCAGUGCCCGCCGUCCGCCGCGCCACCGCCCCGCCCCGCCCUUUCUACUCGCAAACGUCUGGCGCAUCAGGUGAUCAGCCUCCCAAGUCUGCACUUGAGAAGUUGGAUCUACUAUUUGAGGGACUCAUGAGAAAAGGAGUUUGUUCGAUGGAUCAAGACAUGGCACAGGAAAUCGUCACGAGCAUCCAACAUGCUCGUCGAGAGAUCAUUCAAGAGGACUUGCGGAACUCCUGUAUGGUUGCUUUUGUGCUAACGGCUGGUGGAGCUAUUGGAUACAUGAUAAGAAAAACCUCUCAGAGUAAGUAAGGGAGCUGAGAGUGUGUGUGGAAUCUUGUCUAGUUAGGGAACUUAUUUUGUCUGGCAAAAGUUGCAACCAGCAACCGCUGGUAUUGUUCUAAUUGGCAAGUCUAAGUAGAAAGACGAGUGUAAUGUAAAGGGUGGAAAUGCUCUCGUGUUUUGGUUGCAACCAACAAACGCUGGUGCUGUAAUUGGCAUAUUGUUCUAACGUAUGCGUCAAUGAUCAAUCUCGUUUAAAAGUCAGGCUGGUUUCAUCGGUUUUGGUCAAAUCAAAACUGGCUUUGUG